UCCAGUUCAAACCCGUCAACCAAAUUUUCAGACAGUAACAUUUUGAUCAUUGGAAAGUUAGAUAUGCAGCUUCUGACAAAGACAAUACCAAAAUGGGUGUCUUUGCGUUUGCUUAUGCUAUUACUUGUGUCAGCAAAUGUAGCAUUCUCUGGCUCCAUCGUCAAGCACCUGCCUGGCUUUGAUGGCGAGCUUCCAUUUAAGCUCGAAACCGGAUAUAUAAGCGUGGGGGAUUCCGAGCUAUUCUACUAUUUCAUCGAGUCCCAAGGAAACCCUCAAGAAGACCCUCUUUUUCUGUGGCUCACAGGAGGCCCUGGCUGUUCUUCUUUCUCUGGAAUUGUCUAUGAAAUUGGUCCUAUAGAAUUUGAUAUUAACACCUACACUGGGGGCUUACCAAGAUUGGUAUACUACCCAUAUGCAUGGACAAAGACAGCGAGCAUCAUAUUUCUAGAUGCACCUGUUGGCACUGGUUUCUCCUAUGCCCGAACUCCAGAAGGCUGGCCUACCUCAGAUUCAGAAUCAGCUGAGCAAUCUUAUCAAUUCCUAAGGAAGUGGUUGGAUGAACACCCACAGUAUCUCCCAGUUCAACUAUUUAUUGGUGGUGAUUCUUAUUCAGGCAUAACCGUGCCACUAGUUACAAAGAAAGUCAUAGAUGGUGUUGCUGCUAAAGUAAAGCCACGAAUGAACCUCAAAGGGUAUCUGAUUGGGAGCCCACGAACAGAUUCUAUUAUUGAUGAAAAUUCCAAAAUAGUAUUCGCUCACCGGAUGGCACUCAUAUCAGAUGAACUUUUUGAGCAACUCAAAACAAGUUGUAACGAGGAUUAUGUGAACGUAGAUCCAUCCAAUACAGCAUGUGUCAUGGCUCUCGCAUAUUACGAAAAGUGCAUCGAAGAUCUCUUUACUAACGACAUUUUGGAACCAACUUGCGCUUUUGCAUCCCCGAAACUAAAUACAGAACUGGAACGAAGAUCUCUACGAGAAAAUCCAACAAAUUUCAUACUUUCACCACCAAGAAUUCCUGAAGAAUGGUGUCGGAAUUUCAACUAUGCAUUAGCGUAUAUGUGGUCAAAUGACGAGAGGGUUCAAGAGGCUCUGCACGUUCGACAGGGUUUUGUGUUGGACUGGAAGAGGUGCAACAAGAGCUUAUCAUACACGAAAGAUAUCCUUAGUGUGGUUGAUGUUCAUCGAUAUCUUAGUAAAUUUGGCUUACAAGUCUUGGUAGAGAGUGGCGACCGCGAUAUGGUUGUUCCGUUUGUGGGCACAGUGAAGUGGAUAAAGUCUCUCAACUUGACCGUUGCCAUCGAUUGGCGACCUUGGUUCGUCGACGGCCAAGUUGCAGGGUACACAAGAAAGUAUUUAGAAAACGGAUUUCGUUUAACAUAUGCCACUGUAAAGGGUGCUGGUCACACGGCUCCAGAGUACUACCGUAGAGAAUGUUACUACAUGUUUCAUAGGUGGGUUCAUUAUUACCCAUUGUAAUUAAUAAAGGGUUGGAGCUUCAAUAAGCACCCGGCAUGUAAUUUGCUCCAUGUGGAGCGAGCUUCUUGUAUUUAUAAUCUUUGGGUGCUUCAUUUAUGUAAUUCAUGUACUAAGAACAUGUUAUGCAACUUCAAGUCUAAGGAUUGAAAGCAGAAAUUUAUCUCGA